CCUCCUCGUGGUGAGACCUGGGUCGGUAUUACUUGCGAUAUAUAUAAACCUAAUUGUAAAAUAUGUAACGCAAGUACUACCGGGCAAAUGGCUGUGCUAAAUUUAAUUUCAAUUUAUUUAUAUAUUUAAUUAAUAGUCAUUUUCUUUUGAUUCUUUUGACAACAUUGUUUACUUUUUAAAUAUAAAUGGUGAUUUUCUUCAGAAGUCUUCAAAUUUCUAGUUGUUUUUUGUCUCAUCAAUGAACUAUUUCCGAGUAGGGAUAUUUUUUUCUUUUCAAUGACUGAUCUCAUUCGCCAUCUAGAGGAAAAAAGUUGAACUAUUAAAAUGUACAUGCGUGCGUGUGUAUAUAUAUAUAUAUUUACCGUUAUUAUAUAUCGAUGUUCAUCACAUACAAACAAUACAUAAGCAACAGAUCAAAGCUUUUUAAAUCUACAAAUUUAAAUUGUAUUUUUCUUUUGUUUUUUUGUUGUUUUUUUUUCUUAUAAUACAAUUUACUCGUAAUAUUUUCGUUAUAAUUGUGUCAAAUAAAACAAAAGAAAGAUUUGAGUAACCACCACCAAUCGUUUGCAGAAAAAAACAGAUCCUUCAAAUCUGAGAUACUGUGCUAACCUACUAGAUAUUUGCAAAGAUACAUUCUUUCAUAAAGAUAAUAAUAAAUACAAUAAGUUUAAUGUAUUUAGUGUUCAAAAUGUAAUAUUAUUAUAAAAAAAAAUUAAUAUUUAAUUGAACAUUAGAGAGUGACAUUACUGAGAUAUUGCAAAAAUCUAUCACAGAAAGUUGAAAUCAGGUUAUGAUUUCUUUGGGAGGAGGUAUCUUUAAAUAUGUUCAAUUAAGUGCACUACUUUGAUUUGGAAUUCUUCUGUACCUUAUGUUCUCAACAACAACAACAAAAUGACUUAGUCAAUAGUUAAUAAGGAAAGACCGUAUAUGCGUAAAUCUAUAGAUUUACUAAAAAGUAGUUAUACAUAGAAGUAUCUACAUCUUUUAAUAAUGAAAAUAUGAAUAGUAAUGAUAAGAAGGAAGACAUAGGCCUUAAAAAAAAAUAUGUCUUCUUUAAUGAUCCAGAUAUUAUUGUUAAACGUGCAGAAAGUUUGGUUAAUACACAUCUUGGAUUAAAAAAGCAUCAAGUAGAUAAUAGUAAAGAAGAUUUGAAAGAAACGUCUAAUAAGAAAUCGCAAAUUGAUUUUAAAAAUGUAGAAAAUUUGUUGUCUUUUCAUCCAGUUCAACCAUAUCCAUUUACAUUUAUCAGUGCAGUUAAAAGAAAAUUAUCUCUUGGUGAUCAACCUAAUACACAGAAGAAAUUAUACGAUUCUGAUAAUAAAACAGAAGCCGAGGUAUAUUCGAAAGAAUUCAAAUUUAGUAGCAAUUAUAAUUUAUAUCAAUCGAUGCAAAAUAUGGCUUUUAGAGAGCCGAUAAAGGUACCGGAUUUAAAAAUGUCAUCUAAGACCUUAGAUUAUUCUACUAAAGACAAUCCAAUUUCGAAAGAUGUUGUUGGAAUAAAAUUGGCUGUAUCAUCCAAUGAUUUUGUGCCUGAAAGAUCAGAAAAAACAUCGAGGGAAAGAGUACAAAGAAAAUUAGACUUUUCAUUGUCUGAGGGGCCAUCAUCAGUAGUAGCUUGUGAAAAUGUUGAACCAUUGAAAGCACCUAAUUUUUCAAUAGCAUCUAGUUUCUCGAAAAAGAAAGAACACGUUAGAGAAAAUUCUAGGGAAAAGGAAAAUAGAUCUAAGAGAAUAAGAAAGGAUGAUUCUUUGUAUACAAAAAGUGAUGAAAUAUUGUAUUCUUCUUCGGAUUUUAGUAAAAGAUCUAAAAGCCCAAGACACGUUUCUAGAAAAGAUAUUACAGACAAUACUAGCAGUUCUGUAUCAUUAGGAGGAAGAGUUAAAAGUGAUCGUUUGCCUUUAUUUGUACCAAGAGAAUGUGAUUUUGUAUUGACUAAACCAAAGAAUAAAAAUUUUGCAACUUCUACCGCUAGAAAGGAUAGUGAUAAAAAGCAUAGAUGUUCGAAUUUACAAUCUGCAAAAUUAAGAGACACUUCUUUAGAAUGUAAAAAUAAGACAGGUAAUAAUGAAUGUCAUUCUGAUCGUACUACAAAAUCAUCGGAAAAAAAUGUAAUCAAAGAUACAGUUAAAAAUAUAGUAUUUGAUAGCAUAGAAUAUAAAUGCAAAGAAGAUUUGCAACCAAUGAAACAACAAACUGAUGAGCACAAAUAUAAAUUGGAGAAUAAACAAGUGAAACAACAGAAUAAAGUAUCAAGUCAGUCUGUUAAUAAACAAGCAGGUAUAGGAAUUAAAGAGUAUAAUAAAAGAAUAUAUAACAAAACUAAGACGUCUAUAAAUAGGAUUGAAGGAAAACAUUAUGUUACAUAUUCAGAUACUUCUGGUGAUGUUGAAAUUAUAUCUGAUUCUAACAGCAGUUUAAAAAAACGCAACAACACAUGUUCCACAGUUUUUACUGAAUUAUCACAGAAUAAAGAUACUACUGAUAAACUUCAAACAAUUCAAAGUUUAUAUUUGAAAAAAUCUGGAAAAAAUUAUGAACAUUCAAAUUAUAAUGAAGAUUCUUCUUCUGUACAAGACACAAGUAGUAAUAAAAAUGAAGCUUUUUCUCAAGAUAUUAAUCUAUCUAAUAAACUUCAAAGUAGUAAUAAUGAUUUAACUGAUUUAAAUGAAAGCUCAUUACCAGAAGCCUUGCUAGAUCCACGAUGGAUAACUUUUAGAGAUAAUAAUUAUACGCAAGAAGAAUUUCGUGAUUUAGUUACACCUGAUAUGAAUCUUAUAUUUCGAUCGAAAAGAAAAAAACCAGUGGUACAGGGUAAUGAUGUCAAUGUUGAUGCUGCAAAAACUUCGAAGUAUAAAACAUCUGCAAAACCAGAAACAAUUCAGCAUGGAAUACAACUUCUACAUCCGACCGCUUUGCAUAUGCAAUUUCAAGCAGAAUUACAUUUACUAGAUUCGAUGAAUGAAUCUUUGAGACAAGUUAUGGAUGUGGAGAAAAGUUUUUACAAUGUAAAAAGUGAACAAGAAAAAGAAUUAAUACAGAAACAAAGUCAAGCUGCCGGUGAAUUUAUAUUACAUUUAGAUAAUAUGGGAAAAAGUUCUACAAUAGAUAAGAAAAAUGCUGAUAGAGUAUCACAAAUUAAUGACAAUACAAGCCUAGAAAAAGUUGUUAGUGAUAAACGAGUGAUAAGUAAAAUCGAUGAAGCUUCUUCCAUCGAUGAACAAGCAUUCACGAAGAAAGAUGAAACAGAAGAGCAAAAUAAUAAUUUAAGAAAAAGAAAUAAAUCAAUCAUUGAAGUAGCAGAAGUUCAAACACAAACAGUGAAUGAUAUUGGAACUCAAACUGACAUAUAUCCAAGUCGACGUAGUUUAACUAAUAGUUUUUUGGAAAUUCAUAAAAAUACUCAUGGACAUGAAUUGUCUUUAGAAAAUUAUGAAAUUCCAUUACUUUCUUUAGGCUCUAGAGAUCAAUUUGAAGAUUUGGAAUUAGAAGAUCUUUCAUUACCUAGUAAAGUAAGAACAAUGUCAGAAAUCAGUUUACAUGAAACUACAUCUUCUAUUAAAACAGAAACUGGUACAGAAAUUAGUAUUUCUACGAGAGAUGUAACUUGUUCUUUUAACAAACAUCUCGAUUUAGAGAUAGCACAAUUGAUAAAAGAUGAAAAAACGAGAUAUGACAAAAUAGAAAUGUUAUUUAAAUCACGUGAAAAAACAUUACACGAUAAAACCAAAAAGUUAGUUAAACUGGAAGAGCAAAAAAGAGCAUUGAGGGAUACUGGUCAAGAUAGUCGUAUUAGUUCAGUUAAGAAAAAGCAAAGAGCUUUAUUAUUAAAAUUACAACAGGAGAAAGAUGAAAUGAAUAGAUUGAAAGAACUUCAUAAAAUAGCAAGUCAAGAACGUAAAGUAAUGUUACAAAAGCAAAGGAAUACGCUUAAUCCUCAAAUGUCGACGAAAAAUAUUUUAACAAAAUUAAAAAGAAGUGCUGAUAGUCAUUCUCCACGUAGAUCAUGUGGACCAAUGAAAGGUUAUGAUAUUCGUAGUAACAGUUCGAUGAGUUCUUUAGUUGAUUCUGAUAAAUCUCUACACGAUAAAUCUCUACUCGAUAAAUCACAUAUGGAUUCAAAAUUGGCAUUAACAGAAAAUGAUUCGCAAUUUCAGAUAAUAGAUUUAUCGAGUACUGAAAAAAUAGCAAAUUUGGUAGACGAGUCUAAUGUUUCAUUAUUAAAAUAUGAUAAAUUAAACGAAGAAGAUUUAAAAUCAUCAAACAAAUAUAUUGUUAAUUCACCGAAGAGUAGUAAUAAAUUGAAAUACGAAUUGAGAUCGCGUAAAUUUGAAGAUAAAAUGCCUAAAGGAGAUAUUAUUAAAUUAAGAUCUCAUCAGCUUGAUGUUGAAUCCAAAUUGAUGCAAGGACAUUGCGUGAAUGUAGCUGGGCACGUACAUGAGAAACAAAAGACUAUUAGUUUACAAUCAUUGCAACAAGAUUUAGAUAACUCAAUUACAGAAUAUGUUAAGUCAGAAUCUGAUACUUUAGUAGAUGAAUUAUCAAAGAAAUCUAAAUCGUCACAAGUUGAUUUUCUAAGUGUAACUUCUUUAAAAGAGAAAGAACCAUCUUCCAGAGAUACUGCAGUAAAUACUGAAACGAUACAAGAAUUAAUAACUUCUGUUGAACAGGAUGCUUUGUCAAAGACAUCUAAGUCUUCUCAAAUUUCUGAAGAUACUGUUCAAACUUGUUUAAGAAAUUCUAAGAAAACGGAUAAGUCGUCGUCAAUUUCUAAUGAUAAAGAAAUUACUAAAAAGUUUCAACAAAAUUCUGAGCUUAAGGCAAGUACCAAACGAAAAAAUUCGAAAUGUCAAAGAACAAGAUCGUCAUCGACCAUAUUGACAGAAAAUAUACUAAGAUCUAAAUCUAGUUCACAAAUAGAAGAAUUUACAAAACAUCAUAACAAACGCACAAAAAUAGAAAACGAGUUUAUACAAUCGUCGGAUAGAAAUGAUGAUGGUUCUAUUUUAGAUGAGCUUGAUCUUAGUACCGAUCAAACUAUUAAUCAAAAUUCUAUUAAAGUUUUAUUCAGACAAUCUAACGCUAUGAAGGAUAAAAAUUCCAAAUUAUUUGCCGAUAUAAUAGACGAAAGUAAAGAAAAUAUUUCAGUAGAAAAUGUUUUUGAAAGAAGCAUUGAAAAUUAUAACGACAACAAUUAUCAUCCAUCUAAGGAUAAAGGAAAGAACGUACAAAACUGUGGUGAUAUAUCUACGAGAUCUCAGCUUGGAACAUUUGCCAUUUCUAAUCAUAAUACUGUAGAUAAUGGGAAAGAAUAUACUAGAUCAAUAGUUAUCAGAUCACAAAAUCAUGAUUUUAAAACUUCAAAAAAGCUUGAACAAAUAUUGAAUGCAAGAGAAGCGGCACUUGUUUCACGUAGAAAUUGUGUAGAAGAGUGGAUGGCAUGGGAUGCAAGAUUAAGAGCUGAAGAAGAACGUGUAGCACGAAUGGAAGAAGCUGCAUAUAAGCUUGUCACUGCAACUUCUGCUUUGUCUCAUCAAGAUUCUACACUCUCAUCUGAUACAAGUGACGUGGAAGGAAGAAUAGAAUUACUUACAGAAAAAUUAGCAGAGCGUAGGAUAGAAAUGUCACGUUUAAAAAAGGAAGCUAGAAAACAAACGAAACAAAAGUUAAAAGCAUUAGAAGCUAAUUUGUUAAAUCAAAUUAAGAAAUAUGAUACAACUAUUCAUGAGAUGCGAAAAAAAUUGGAAUCUAGAAAAGAAGCUGUGAAGGAUAAUGACAGAUUGGCUAUAGAGUCUAAAUCAUUGGCUGAAUUUAAAGUACCUGAUAUUCCACUUAAGAGAAUACAAGAGAUUUAUAAAAAAAGUGACUUAUUACGUUCAAGAUCAGAAUCUGAUUUAUUAUCAACAAAAAUUCAGCAAAAGGGCAUUAUUAAGAACAUUCAAUCUUUAAUAUAUGAGAGUAAAAGUGAAGAAACCAAUUUUUCUAAACCAUCAGAAAUAAUUCAAAGGAAUAAUAAUGUGGUAGAAUCGUCGUCGAACAAUAAAAAACAAGAUAAUCAUUCUAAUGUUCAAUCGAUAUUUACAGAUUUGAAAGAUACAGAAUAUGAAAAACAUCGAUCUAUUUCAAUGUCAUCAACUUCUGACGAUGAUCAAGGUGAAAAAGUUACAAAUUACAAUACCACAUUUCAUUCAAGUGGAACUCAAACUAAUCACACGCUUGUCACUGUACCAGAAAUAUUAACAGUUGCAAUAUCAUCUGACAAUAAUUCAAAAGAUAUUAAAGAUGAAGUUAGUGUAAUAAAUACCGAUACAGAUAUUCCUACAGCAUCUGAAUUAAAACAAUCGAAGAGUCAUAAGAGUGAUCAAAUUGCAAUAAUAGAAACAAAAUCAGAUUUAAUUGAUGUUGAACAAGUGCCUUUAAAAAAUCAUGUGUCACAGUCCAACACAAUAGAAACAUCAAAAACAACAAAUAAUUCAAAGAUUAUUUCAAAUAGAUCAGAAACAUAUAUCCCAAGUUCCAAUAUGGAACUUGCUAUUAAUAAUAAUAAUAAUAAUAAUAAUAAUAAUAAUAAUAAUAAUAAUAAUAAUAAUAAUAAUAAUAAUAAUAAUAAUGAUAAUGGAACGCUUAAUUAUUCUAAAAAAUUACACUUUUUACAAUUAAAUAAUAAAAAUCUAAAUGAAGAUAUUAAUUGCCUUGAAAAUGAGCUUAAGGCUCUAUCAGAAAUGAUGUCACGAAUUAGUAGUUUAUCCAAUGAAAAGCAUGAUAAUGAUGAAAAAAGUACCUUAAAAGAUAUAUCAGAAGUCUUUUCGAAAUCUGAAUUAAUCGACAAUAAUACAUUAAUAUCUAAUAAAGAAAAUGAUAAAACAAUUCAAUCGGAUAUUACAGAUACGGAAAUUCUUCCUAUUAAUACGGAAAUUUCAAAUAAUUCUACAGACAUUUCUAAAUUAAAAUCUGUCAGUAAUGAUUCUGCAAAUUUAGAAGAAAAUGUGAGUCAAGUUAUAUCUGAAUUCAUUCCAGAAAAGGAAAUAUUUUCCGAAUCAAGUCAAGAAAUAGAUUAUAAAGCGGAAAGUAAAAAGAUAUUAAAUGAAAUUGAAAAAUCAAUUAUAUCCGAGCAUGCAAAAAUACUUGAAGGUAAUAAUAAUAAUAAUUCGUCAAUUAUACCAUUGGAAACAAAUACACAAAAGAUACAAAAACUUAAUCAAGAUUUUUCAUAUUAUCUGCCUACUAUAACAGAUAUUAAUAAAAAAUCAGAAUCAUCGAUAUCAUCAUCCAUAGAAGAAAAUAAUUAUGCGAAGGAUACACCUAAAAUAAAUACACUUUUGAACAAAGAAAUGAUUGAUGAUAAAAGUGUAGAUGUUCAAAUUGUAACACAAGAAUCAUACGGUGAAAAACUUUCUGAAAAUGUAGAAUCAAUUUCGACAAAUAUAUCAGAACAAGGCCCAAUAAUAAUCGAAGAAGACGACAGUUUGAAAAAGGACAAUGAUGUAAUUACCAAUGAAAGUAUAUUACAUUUAGAAAAUAUUUCACAAUUUCAAAAUAAUGAAGAUACUUUGCAAAUUGACAAUAUUUCUUCCAUUGAAAAUAAUGAAAUACAUUUAUCUUCGAGAGAUUACUUUACUAAUAAAGAAGAAAUAAAUACGGGUCAAUAUAAUAUUUCUAAUAGUAAAGACGAAGAUAAUAUUAUUUCACAAAAUGCAAAUACAUUGUCUGUGAAUUUAAUUAAACGUCAUUUCAAUGUUGAAGAAAAUGAUGUAUCUGAAAUUGUAUCCACCGAAAAAAUGUCUGUAGAUAAGGAUGACUGGACAAUAUCUGAUUCAUUUAAUAUUGUUCACGAUGAAGUAGAAAUUGAAGGUGAACAAACAGAGAAUCGUGAAAUAGAAUCAUCAUCGCACAUGUAUAUUAAUUCAGAUCAUAAAAAUAUAUCACAAGAAGAAGAAGAAGAAGAAGAAGAAGAAAAUGAAAAUGAUGUUGUUGAAGAUUUUACAGAAAACUUAUCUGUUAGUAUAGAAGAUGAAUCUAUGCUUUUACCUAAAGCAGAAUCAACAAAUAUUGAUGCUCUUAAUUUAAAGAUUAAUGAAACUGACAUUGAAAAAACUACUGAUGAGCUUGACGAUAUAUUAGAUAUAAUUGCCAGGGAAAAUGAUAAAGAAGAAAAGCAAUAUGUAGGAAGAGACAAAACUGAUGAAAACAUAAAUGAUAUAAAAUCUAUGAAAUCAUCCAUUCCUUCAGGAAAAGAAAAUGAGAACAAUGAUGAAUUGAAUGAAAUUAAUAUUCAAACUAAGAUUAUCUUAGAAACAGAUAAUAUGGAUCUUACGAUGGAAAGUCCAUUUCCAUCAAUUACAUGCGAUUCUACACUUGAUGAUAAGUUGCAGAUUCAUAAAUUGUCAACAAGUGACAAUAAUACAAUUAAUAUUACUCCAUUAUAUUUAGAAUACAAUAAUAAAAAUCGUAUUAAUGCUAGUAGUGAAGCGUUGUUAGAUAUUCCAUCCAAUAAAUUAGACGAUGUAUCUGUGGUAAAUAUUGAAUUAAAUUUAGAAAUAGAAGAUAAAGAUACUGUCCAACGAGAAAUAGUUCAGUCACGUGAAAUAAUAAUCACUAAAUCUGAUUCAGAUAAUACUGAAGAUUUAUUACCCCAAUUAGAAAUUAGUACUAAGAUUGAAUUAUCCGAUGAAGAAUUAAAUGAUGAAAAAAAUAAUAUUCAUGAUGAAAAUAAAGAAUCACAUGUAACUUAUGUUACUGCUAUUGAAAAAGAAAGUAAAUCUCCAGUAAUCGAAGAACAAAUAGAUUUAGAAUCAUCAUUGCCUGAAGCAGAAAGUUCUGAGGGUGAACAACUUGAUAAUUUAGUUGAAAUUGCGGAAAGUAGUUUAGAUGUGAUAGAAAAACAUCCUGAAUCAACAGAAAUACAUUCUAAUAAGAGUGUUAGUUUAUCAGAAAAUGAUAAACAAGAAGAUGUUGAAAGAAAUCUUUCACGAGAAAAUGAAUCCUCGAGUAAUUUACAAUUUACACAGGAACAAAACACCAUAACUACAACUAAUGUUAUUGACAUUAUUACUAAAACACAGUUUGAAGUAUUGAGAGAUCCUGAAUAUGAAGAUAUCUCUGAGGAAAGUCUUGAAGUAUCGGAAAUUUUGGAUAAAACGGAAAGUCAAAAAACACAAAGUUUACAAAAAGGAACAAUGAUAACAGAAAAUUAUCAAGCAGUGCACAAAUCUGAAGUAUUAAGGAUACUAGAUGAAAUUUCUCAAAAAUCAUUACCAGAAUUGUUAAUAAAAACAUUAGAAGAAGAUAAAAAAGAAGAAACAAUAUCUAACAGAGAAGUGAUUGAUCCAUCAUUAUUAGAUAAUGAAAAUCAAAUAAUACAAAUAGAACAAUCAGUCGAUCCAAAUAUCGAGAUUAUGAAAGAUACAAUAUCAGAUAAUUCCAAAUUGACUGAAAUUGAAACUGAAGAUGUUUCUAAUAAAUUGAAUGAUCUAUUAUCUCAGUCUGAGGGAAGAGACGUUAAAAUAAUAAGUGACGUAGAUCAAAACGUGAUACAAAAACAACACGAAGAUGUAUCAUCAUCUGAUUCUAGCGAGGGUGGUGAUACUCCUGCUGGUGUAUCAGAAAUAGAAAUAGAUUCACCAAGAGAUUUAAAUAACUCCAGAUUGAAUAUUGAUGCCUUGGACGAUGAUCUACUUAGUAAUACGAAUAUGGGAAAACAAGAUCAAUCAAAGACGGAUUUUCACGCAACACCUAUUGUUACAACAUCGGAAAAAGACAUAGAAGCAAUGAUCGAUAAAAUAAAAGCUUCAUUGAAACAACCAGGCUUAGAAGUUGCUGACUUGGAGGCUAAGCUACUUCGUAUACAACAACUUCAAAUUGAAUUAGAGAUCAAAAAAUUGGAAGCUGAAGAGGUAUAUUACGUUAGAGAAAUACCGAAUAAACCUCCACCGCCAUAUACACCUCCAGGAGAUAAUCGAAUUUCCAUUGCUAUUGCUUCACCUUCUCCACCUCCUGCAGUAAUUCCUUCGAAUAUCGAAGAGUUAACGGCAUUCACGGAAAAGGCUACAGCUUUGAUAUACAAAGCUAAACAAUCUGGACAAGAUAUCAUGACAUUAGAAGCUCCUCCAGAAAUUUACGAAUUAACGAAGGAAAGUAACGAGAUUGCAAAAAAAGAUCGUAAAAUUUACAAUACAUUCCUAUUCGAUUUAUGUAAGGAAACAAUUUCGGAAGUUUAUCAAGCGGAAUAUGAGAAGCCUGGUCCAAGUUGGACAAAACCAAAUGUUAAAACUAAACCAGCUAUGAAAAUUCCAAAGACAGUAGAAGAGCUUCAUGAAUAUGUUAGUAAAGAAGUAGCAACGUUGUUUGGAUUUAAAACUAAAUUACAAAGGGAGAAUAUGGUAAUGCGUUGGAGUAGAAAACGUAGGGAUAGAGUCGACGAAUUAUUAGCUAGAGAGGCACAAGCUGAAGAAGAUGAAUGGACUAAGUUUCAUCAUGAUGAAUUGGCAGUGAAAAAUGGACUUACCGUAGCCAUAUUAGAAACUUUGAUUAUGGAGACUACGAGUGUGGUUAAAGUGGCACAUGCGAAAAAAAGGAAGGUCAUGAUAUAGCUAUUAUAGUUCUAGUUGAUCAGAUAAUCAGUUGAACUCUCGUUCAAAAACAAACAAACAAAAAAUGCAAACAUACACCAUAAUAUGUUCUUAUGCAGUUUUUUUUGUCUAUAAUAUUACGUUGUGUUAAAUAUUUAAGCAUUGAUUAUCACUUGAUCGUUUAUGAUUAGGAGAUUUCUUUUGUUAAUUAGUGACUUCACAUAAUGCACAGGCUAGUUCCUAUUUAUUUGUAGACAGUUUAACUUUCUUUUUAUUUUUUUUGUUUUUUUUGUUUUUUUUUUUUUUUAGAAAAGGGCACAUACAAAUAAAUACAAUCUAUAGAGUGAGACUGAAAUGAUGCGUGCGUGUGAAGAGUGCUAAUGUAGACAGAAAACAAACGGGGUUAAGAAAGGUGCUCAGAAUUCACUUUGAUAAUCAAAUGUCCUAGGUUUAUUUCAAUUAAUUUUACCUUAGGGUGGUUAUCAGUAAGUUAUAUCACGUAAAGGUAUUAUUCUAUAAUCACAAUGCAUAGAUUGCAGUCCGUUGUUGUGUAGAUUGAUAUAUCGUAGUAUAUUUGAUUUUUUUUUUGUCAAUGUUUUCGUUUUAAAUAAUAGUAGUUGUUAACUUUAUAACACAAGGUAGAAGAAUAUUAUGUACGACUGAAUUUAAGACAAGAAGAAGAAGAAGAAGAAGAAUUUCAAACGUUGUAAAUAAUUCAUAUCUCGAUGAAAGAAAAAAAAAAAAGAAGUAAUGUAGUUUUUUUCUUAGACAAGGUAGUAGAAUAAUAUUAUUUGAGUUUUCUCUUUGCUUAUAUAUCUUCGAAAGAAAAAGAGUUAUACUCAGGUUUUAUAUGAUGGGCGGGUUUUUUUUUUUUUCUUUAUUAUUAUAAAUAUAUAGAUAGAUAUUAUUAUUUAAUUUAAAACAA